AUGGAAUCCACUACCGAAACCCUCGAGACUCCCACUCACUGCGUUGCCGACUUCUCUCUAGUCCCAAUCGGCACCCACGACACGUCCUUCGCGCAGGAGAUUGCAGAGAUUCAACGCCUGCUUCAGCGAUGCGACCUGAAGCAUCAAAUGACUUGUACCGGGACGGCCGUUGAGGGACCCUGGGAUCAAGUCCUUCAGGUGAUCGGACACGCGCACCUGCUUGUUCAUAAACGUGGAGUUGCUCGCAUCCAGACGGAUUUGCGGGUGACGACUAGGACCGACAAGGAUCAGCCGAUGGAGAAUGAGAUUUUGUCCGUGGAGCGGAUCCUCACAGCUUGA